AUGGCUAGUGGUAUCAAAAAAAAUUCAAUGGCUUCUGUAAAUAGUCAAACGAAAUAUUCUUCACCACCAUUAGGUGAUUAUUAUUCAAAUUAUGCAUCGAUGGCAAACGAUCCAUCAACAUUAAAAUUUGGUUAUACGGAUCCAUUUUCAUUUGGGUUUAGUCAACAUUCAGCAUUAUCAUAUAAUGCUGCAUCGCAAAGGAAACAAAGACGUGAACGAACAACAUUUUCACGUGCACAACUUGAUCAGCUUGAAACAUUAUUUGCUCGAACGCGUUAUCCAGACAUAUUUAUGAGAGAGGAAGUAGCUAUGAAAAUAAGUUUACCUGAAUCGAGAAUACAAGUUUGGUUUAAAAAUCGUCGUGCAAAAUGUCGUCAGCAAGAUAAAGCAAUUAAAAAGCCUUCAUCUUCAUCAUCAUCAAAUAGUAGUUUACUUGAAAAACAUGAAACAUCACCUUGUAAACGUGAAGUUAAAAGUCCGAAUAUUCGUCUUAAUCAUCGUUCACCGUCAUCAAUAUCAAGUACAAACGGUGGAACAAGUUCAGAUAAUUCGACAACAUCAGCAGCUGCAUCUCUAGCUGCAUGGUCAUCACAAGCUGUUGCCUAUCAUCAUAUGUAUCCAACAUCCUAUAGUCCAAAUCAAGCACUUUUUUAUAGUAAUGAUCCAACAACAAAUAAUCCAACAAUCUAUGGAAAUACAUAUAGAAAUCAAGAAAUGGAUUUUCUUCAACCACCAGCAAUGUACGGACGUACAAGUGAAGAAUUUAUGAAUGGAUGGACAAAUGCACACCAUCAUCAUCAUCAUCAAAACUUUAAAAUUUUCAAUUAA